CUACUGUGUGUACCAUCCCCCCUUUCGUUUGACUAUAAAUACCGUUGGGAUUCAGCCGAAUGAGAAACAUCCGCACUCCAACCGUCCCAGCGGCCACAUCCCUUCGCCGGAAUCCCAUCCGCCGCUAAACAAAGCAAUCAUGUCUCGUUUCAUCUUAACCUUGAUGUUGGUGACUGUGGCCGUUGCCAUGCCCUACCCUGAAGAGGAAGGACAACUUGUCAUCUCACCGGAAGUAGCCGGAAUUGUCGCCGAAGAAUUACUCGCCCAAUCCGAAUUGGCUGAAGGUGAAAACGUCGACGAACGAUACCGUCCCAACUCUGGUCACCAAUCAGCAGGUCACCAGCUGAGCAGCACCAACUACCAGCAGCAGAGCAGCAGCCACCAGCAACAGAGUAGCAGUUACAACAACCAGCAAAAGGUGGACUACCAGAACAGCAACGGCUACGGAGCUAAUAAUGGCUACGCCAACAACAACGGAGCAGGAUAUGGCGGAAGUGGAUACAACAAUCCGGGCUACAAUGCCGGAGGAAACUCCAAUUACGGCGGCACUUAUGGUGGAAAUGCUGGCUACGGCAACACCGGGUUCGGCAACACCGGGAGCGCCAACACCGGCUACGGUAACACUGGCUACGGUAACACUGGCUAUGGGACGAAUUCCGGACACACAACGAACACAGGUUAUGGAACGAACACUGGCAAUACCGGAUACGGAACAAACGCAGGUUAUGGCACCAAUACUGGUAUUAAUGCCGGGUACGGAAACACGGGCUACGGAAACACUGGCUACAAUACGGGAUCAAACGCUGGAUUCGGAUCGGGAUCCAGCAAUUCCGGCUUCGGCUCCGGAUCCAAUUCCGGCUUGGGCUCCAACAGCGGAUAUGGCACCAACACGGGACUAUACGGAAACAACAAUGGGUACGGCACCAACACCGACUACAACACGGGAGGGCUGUACGGAACCAACAACAACCAAAUCCAGCACGGAACUACCGGAUACGGAAACUCGGGAUACAACAGCCUUUCCAUUGAAAGUGGUUACGGCAGCAAUUAUCUGGGCUGGCGUGAAGGACAAAAGGCCAACGGCACGGCUCCCGCUGUAGAAGCUACUGAACUCUCUGGCACUAAUAGCGACGCCGCUGCACCUUCAGUUCCUGCCGAUGCUCCCGCAGUCGAUUCUGUUGUCGCUGCUGAUGUUCCUGCUAGCACUGGAACCGUCGACUUUGCCCAAAAACCGGAAUAUUAACGAGCCAACGACCAUUUGAAUUUGUACGAUCCACAUUUCGUUAGAGUUGCCCAACUCCACUCGUUAUUCCCAAAUCAUUUCCUACAAUACAAUACGGAAGAAAGCGUGUGACAAUAAGGUGCUGAGCGCAACGUCAAUAACCAAAUUGACAUUUUCCACAAAUGACGAAUUAAUGUUUCUCCCUAUCAAAAUGACAGCACAAUUUCCUUAAUGUUAAACUUGUUUUUGUUGAACCGAAAGAAAACGCGAAUAAAAAAACA